UGCUUGAUAGUUGAUGCUUAUCCAAAAACUUCCGUCUUCAAUCGUCAUCGUCCUCUCUGUCUCAGUAACUUCUGCAAUUAACACUAACACUUAGCUAUUCACCAUCUCUCUCAUGACUAUCGCUUCCAUCUCCGUUCUCCGCCACCGCGUCGCCGCCUCCCUCCUCCACCUCCGCCACCUCCCCCUCCCCGCCGCCGCCGCCGCCAGGCACCGGAACCCUAGCAACGUCUCCAGGAAGCUCCAAAACCCCAGCAAGAACUUCCUCAGGGCCAAGCAGCGCACCGUCAGGGAGUUCUCCUCCCUCUCGCCGGUCCUCUCUCCCGACGACGAGCCCCCGCUCUCUGAUUCUCAGGCGAUCGGCACGGUCGCGGCGGCCCAGGCCAACUUCAUGCGCGUGAUAGUGCAGUCCUUGCCUUCGAUCGAGGGCGCCAGGAUCGGAGCGGAGUUGCUGUGCGUGGUGAAGGCGGUGCUGAAGAAGAUAAAGAGGAGGGUGCUGGUGGGGGACCAGGUGUUGGUGGGGUCGAUUGACUGGGUGGAUCGGAGAGGCAUGAUCGAGAACGUGUUCCAGAGGAGGACUGAGAUUCUGGACCCUCCGAUCGCGAAUGUGGACCAUUUGCUCGUGCUUUUCUCCAUGGAGCAACCCAGGUUGGAGCCCUUUUUGCUCACUCGGUUCCUUGUGGAAGCUGAGUCUACGGGAAUUCCUUUCACGCUCGCUUUGAACAAGUGCGAACUCGUCGAUGAAGAGACACUGGUUGCCUGGAAGUCUAGGUUACGCAGCUGGGGCUAUAGGCCAAUUCUCUGCAGUGUCGAGUCCGAAAAGGGACUUGACUCCCUUGCAUUUACCUUGAGAGACCAAACGACUGUGAUUGUUGGUCCAAGUGGAGUUGGAAAGUCUAGCCUGAUCAAUGCUUUGAGAAGCAAUGAUCAUCCUUUCGAUGCAGCGGCAGAUACCAAUUGGUUUGAGCCUAUUCUGGGCAGCAAAUGGUAUGAGGAUCAGCGAGUAGGGGAAGUGUCUUCGAGAAGCGGAAGAGGAAAACAUACUACACGCAAUGUUUCUUUACUUCCAUUAUCCGGUGGAGGAUAUCUUGCUGAUACUCCUGGGUUUAACCAGCCAAGUCUACUGAAAGUCACCAAGCAAACUCUUGCAGAAACUUUCCCAGAGAUCAGGGACAAGCUCAAAGCGAGUGAGCCAGUUAAGUGUGCAUUCAGUAAUUGCUUACAUCUUGGUGAGCCAGGGUGCAUACUGGAAGGAGAACAUUUGGAGAGAUAUCCUUAUUACUUCCAACUUGUUGAUGAGAUAAGAAUCAGAGAAGAGUUUCAGCUGAGGACAUUUGGGACCAAAAAAGAGAGUGAUGUUAGAUACAAGGUAGGAGAUAUGGGGGUCCAACAAGCCGAACCUCGGUUGGAGCCCAAGAAGCACAGAAGAACAUCGCGAAAGAAGAUCAACCAAUCUUUACUGGACGAGUGGGAUGAGCUGGAUGACGACGACAACCUAUUAGAUGAUGAAAAUGAUCCCGUCCUGAGAGCAUUAAGAAAAGAAAACAGCCACUGAGUUAGGGCGGCUUUAUAGAACUGUAGAUAUUAGGCUUCUGUUUCGGCUUUAGACACAGUUGUUCUUAGUGUGAAGAUAAAUGUCAAGAAGACGACUCAAAUUUAGGGCCUAGAGGAGUCUGAAGCCAUGGUCGAUGUUUCUCAAUUCUGGGCUCAUUUCAAGUCUCUGGAAACGCAAGAGUCGUAGGAUAAAGAAAGAUGCAGGCACGGAACAGUGUGUUUCCAGAUGGUUUUGUAGCUGCGAGUGUUUAGAGUUGUAAUAUGGUCAUGUGUUCACCAAACCUUUGACUAGUCGGGAAGAUCUUAACUUUGGUCGAAGAGACCAGUACCCUU